UGCAAAGCAAUGGAGUUCGAUAGCGACGAAGAUUUUUUUGAAGCUGCGGGUGAUCCAAAAACCGAAGCUCUGAGAAAGUUUAUUGAGCUAUACGAAUCUUUGCCAGUUUUGUGGAACUGUAAGCACGAUAGUUACAAAAAUAAAGCAGCUAAAAAUGCCGCGCUGGAUAAGCUUGUACGUGUUUACCAAAGCGUCAAAACUGGAGCUACUCGAGCGGAUGUGACAAAGAAAAUAAAUUCUCUACGCACCAAUUUCCGGAAAGAGUUAAAGCGGGUGGUAUCUUCGAAGCGAUCGGGAGCUGGAGCUGACGAAAUUUAUCAACCAUCGUCUUGGUUGUUCGAGGCUCUGCAAUUUCUCAGGAAUACCGAACAACCGGCUUCACACAUUACAGAGUCAGGAAAAGUAGCCGACGUUGUUUUGAGAACCUCGAAGGUAUCCAACUCAUCUCCACCAGCAUCGCAUUCACGAUCUUCCAUCAUAACCGCUUCUACACCAAGAAAAAAGCAGCGCAUUGUUGGACCUGUUCAAAAACAGAACGAAUUUUUGACUAUUGCAUGCAAAUAUUUACAACAAGAUGCGUCACCGUCCACGGAAAUGCCGGCCAUAGCGAAGGCAUGGGGUGAAAAGCUAAUCUCGCUUGAAAGUAGGCAACGAAUAUUUGCUGAGAAAGCCAUCAAUGAUGUGUUAUACGAGGCGACUCUGGGGAAUUUGACCAAAACGUCAGCUGGUGUCAAGCACAGAACUGAUACAGUAUCGUCGAUCGAAGUGAACAACACGUCACCGUGUGAAGAUGGCAUCACUUCGUACUCAGAAUCCUCUGUCGCUUCCACGUUCGGGUCAGUUACUGUGAACAAGUUGUCGCAUCGAUCUUCGUUUGGUUCCAGAUUUGAUUCGAUUUCAUCAAAUAGGGAGUCCCAUCAUGCAGCUGGAUUCACUCCGUGCUCAGAAUCGUCGAGCGAUGUGAACAAUAAUUCCCUCUGUGGUUCGUACCCAGGACCGACGGCCGGUUCCAAAUUUGGUUCGACCAUUUGGAAUAGAGAGCCACAUCGUCAAGCUGGAGUCACUUCUCCCCAGAACUCGUCAGCUGGUGUGAACAAUACACCACCUUAUGAAACUAGAAAUACUCCGUACCCUGAAUCACCAUCCGCUUCCAAGUUCGGGCCAGUAACUAUGAAUAAGAUGUCACAUCACGAAUCCGGUGUUUCUUCGUACCCAGAAUCAUCGGUUGGUUCCAAACGUGUAUCUAUCAUUUCGAACAGCAUCCCACCUGAAGUAAUAGAAUCCUCUCAUCCAACUAGGUCGUCGGCCGGUUCACAAAUUCGAUCGAUUACUAUGACUGGGAAGCUACCUCGUCAAGUUGGAUUCACUACGCACGCAGAAUCGUCAGUCAGACCGUACAAUGCAUCACAUUCCGAAGAACCAUCGACUGGUUCCAAAAAUGAUUCAAUUAUUGCGAAUAGGGAGCCCUAUCGUGUAGCUGGAUUCACUCCGCGCUUAGAAUCGUCGGGCGAUGUGAACAAUAAUCCCCCUUGUAGAAAUGAAAUCAUUUCGUACCCAGGAUCGACGGCCGGUUCCAAAUUCGGUUCGACCCUUUGGAAUAGAGAGCCACAUCGUCAAGCUGGAGUCACUUCUCCCCAAAACUCGUCAGCUGGUGUGAACAAUACACCACCUUAUGAAUUUAGAAAUACUCCGUACCCUGAAUCACCAUCCGCUCCCAAGUUCGGGCCAGUAACUAUGAAUAGGAUGUCACACCAUGAAUCCGAUGCUUCUUCGUACCCAGAAUCGUCGGUCGGUUCCAAACGUGUGUCCAUCAUUACGAAUAGCAUCCCGUCUGAAGAAAUAGAAUCCUCUCCGCCAACUAGGUCGUUGGCCGGUUCACAAUUUCGAUCAAUUACUAUGACUGGGAAGCCACCUCGUCAAGUUGGAUUAACUACGCACGCGGAAUCGUCAGUCAGACCGUACAAUACAGAACCAUCGACUGGUUCCAAAAAUGAUUCAAUUACUUCGAAUAGGGAGCCACAUCAUGCAGCUGGACUCACUCCGCACCCAGAAUCGUUGCGCGGUGUGAACAAUACACCACCCUGCGGAAAUGGAAUAAUUUCGCACCCAGGGCCGUCGGCCGGUUCCAAAUUUGGGUCGAUAAAUGAUCCUCAGCCGGGUUUCGAAUUUGGGUCGCUUCCUUUUAACAGAAAGCCACCGAAUGACCUAUUUACUCCGGAUCCGCAAUCAUCCGCCGGUGCUAGCAAUGCAUCACUAUAUGAAAGCCAAUUCGCUUCUCUCCCAAGAUCGUCGGCCGGUUCUGAGUUUGAUUUGAUCGCUGCGAAUAUGACGCAACCUAGCGAAGCAGGAUUCCUUCCGAAUUCUGGAUCGUCGGCUAGUGCAAUACACAUUUCACCUCGCGAAGAUACAUUCAGUUUGAACUUAGGCUCGUCGGCUGGAACCAUGUCGUCGAAUCGUACGGAUUGUGUCAAGCUUGGAACAAUUGUAAAGAACAUCACGACACCGUAUGAAGCUGUAUCAACAACAGCACCAGUAUCAACGACACACGAAUUUGGACUUCCACUUAGUCAAAGGUCGUCGAAAGGUGCCAAGGUUCAGACUAAAUCCGAUGGGCCAAUAGCAACGAUUAAUCCUGCAAAAUUAUCACUACGGAAUGUAAGGUUCAGAAAACUCCCUAAAACAUCGACAUCUGUCGCAUAUGUGUCCACUUCAACGAAUUCCAUAUCUAAUCCCAUAUCAUCCGAAGAUGAAAUUGGAAAACAAUCGAUAACGUCUUCCGAUGCCAAACCUGGUCUAACCUCGGCAGUAAAAGCCUCAAAUAUCAUGUACCCGUCGAAUCGCAAUUCUAAAUUCGCACAUCCAGAGCCAACGCCCGAUGCCAUAUCUGAAGUCACCCCAAAACAUCACACGUCUAAUCCCGAAUCACCGGGAGCUACAUUAACACAACACGCUGAAACCUUUCUCGAAAAUGAAUCACAUUCCAUCUCGAAACAACAUGUAUCCAACCAUGCUUCGCUAGGACCUGAACUCGAACUGUCAGAAGAACCGUCGGUCGGUGCCAUACAGGCGGGUGCUAAGCUGUCAAAUUUUUGUUGCCACCAAUCGAGCGAAUGCCAACGGCACUAA